AUGGAACUUCUCAAAGAUGGUACGGAAGAAAAGCUUCAGGCCGCGCUGGCAAGCAUGGGUCCGUUUAAGGCCUCUGGUCCAGAUGGUUUCACUCCUAUGUUUUUUCAGUCAAAUUGGGGCAGGGAUCCGGAGGUUAGGCGGGACAAGGCUGUUCUUAAUAGAUAUGUGUCCCUCACUGGUCGAUCUAAAGUAGGAGCUUUAAACUUCAUUCAAGAACGAGUCUCAAAGAAAAUUGCUUCACUUAAAGGCACUCUGUUGUCAGUCCUUUCGGCUCUUCCCAUGUACUCCAUGCAAUGCUUCAAACUGCCCAAAAAGAAUUAUGAGAAAUUAACCAGCACUUUUUCAAAUUUUUGGUGGAGCGGGAUGGAGAAGUCUCAUAAAAUCAAGUGGAUAAGUUGGGAUAAUUUGUGCAAGUCUAAAAAUAGUGGGGGGCUCGAUUUUAAGAAUAUUGAGGUAAUCAACUUAGCUCUUCUAGCUAAGAUUACUUGGCAGAUGGAAGUUGGUGAUGAUUCGCUUUUAUGCAGGUCUUUCAAGCAAAAGUACUUGAAGCACUGUAACUUUGUUGAAAUGCCUAAUCGACAGAGUGCAUUAUGA